AUGGAUUUACCCAAGUCCAAUUCUUCAUUCUCUAAUGCGUCUCCAUUUCCUAAAAAACUGUCGGCUGAUCUGUUUGGAUCCAACACCGUCGAGGGAGCUACCUCCGGUGUGAAGUCUGAUGCCUCUCCGGAUCCUAGAUGGCCUUAUCUCAACAGAUGGACAGAGAAAUCUACCUCUGCGUCGGUCUCUGCUUCUGUGGUUGAGGGUUUUGUGGCUAAUCCUUCUCAUUCAGCAAACAAGGAAGACAAGUCAGUGGUGGCUACUGCUCCGGCAACUAAGGCUGCUACUAGUCAAGUGGAGGUUGAUGCUACAGAGAUAGAUGUGCUCUCUCCGCGUAACAGAGACUCUACUUCAGAGUGUGGAAAGAAUGGAAAAUCAAAGGUGUCUAACUCUGCACCGUUGGUACGCAAACCAGAGCCCUUGGGCAAUCAUCAAUCUCGUUUAGGAGCUUGGGCUAAACCUAUUAAAAUCAACUCAAACUCAUCAUUGAUGGAUGAUACUAUCUGUGUUGGCGGAGAAGUAGAUUCUGUUAUCUCUUCACCAGAAGCCUGGCCAGCCUUGACAGUUCAUAGCUUGAAGAAAAAGGGAAAUGUAGCAGCUUCACGUAAAUCCUUUAAGGAUGUCACGCAGGCUCCUCAGAAUUCAGUUGGAAAGGAAGACAAUCUUCGUUUUCCCUGGGCGGCAAAGAUGAAUCCAUCAUCUCGAAAUCUGUAUAGAGCAACAGAGCCAGAAUACUUAGAGGAUGGCACUCCUAAGGUAAUGAUUCCUAAGCAUGUUCUGUUAAAAGGUUUAGAGAACCAGAAGGAGUACAUCUUAGGCCAGUUCUAUAGAUGUUUACCUCCGCCAGGUGGUCUAAUCUUUGCGGUUUUCAAUAAGUUGUGGGGGAGGAAUUGCAAGAUCACUAUUAGGAAGUUGGGUGAAUGCAAUUAUCUUUUCCAUAUACCUGACAAAGAAACUAGGAAUUGGGUUCUUCAAAGGGGACUUUGGCAUGUUGAUGACUGCUUGAUGUUUGUUGCUUCAUGGACUCCAGAAGCGACUUUAGAAAUCCCUGAGAUUAAGACUAUGCCUGUUUGGGUUACCUUAAAAAAGAUACCCAACAUCUUGUAUUCAAUCUCUGGAGUUAGCCACAUUGCUUCUGGUUUAGGUGCACCAAUGGCAACUUACAAACCUCGUUUGGAUCCCAUUCUAGGUGAAGCCAAAAUUUUGGUAGAAGUAGAGUUGAGCAAAGCCAAAAUUUUGGUAGAAGUAGAGUUGAGCAAAGCUUUCCCACCUAGAAUUGCUGCAAGUGAUGAUAGUGGGUUUAUAUCUAUGGUGGAUGUAGAAUACGCUUGGUUACCUACUAAAUGUAGUAGAUGUGGGGAGUUGGGACAUAAGAUUAGACGUUGUCUGAAAUCUGCUCAAGAGGAAGACAAUGUCGCUAGUUUUGUUGCUCCUACUUCUGUACCGUGUUCUACACAACAAACGGCUCCUUCUGUUCAAGCAGGAACCUAUGAGACAACUGCCCCUUCAGAACUUGUUAUUCCAGAUUCAGUUAAUGAACCAAGCCCGAUUGAUCCAAGCUCCGAUGAACUUAGUUCCCUUGCUACAGUCUCAAUACUUGAGAAUAUGUCUGCUCAAAAAGCUCCUACAAUCGUUCUAGUUAAUGAAACUAUUGAGACUCCUAUUACGGAGUCUGCUCAGACAACAACAACCACCACUUCUAUUGAGACUCCUAAUGUGGCGUCUGCUCAGAUUACAACAGUCAGCGAUGUCACAGUUGCUCAAGAACCCUCUACCGUCCAUGAUAACCGCAGUAAGAUAACUGAACCUGAUUUUGGUUCUAAUAGGUCACGGCUCGUGGACGGGGAAAUCGAGGACGUGGAAGCCGAGGUGGACGAGGCUAGACGUAUACCGUUCGGAAGCACUAAAGAUCAAGAUUCUCUCACUCAAGCUCUUUCAACAAAUCCAGAGUAUCUCAAAAACAAGGCCUCUCAGGCAAAGUUGGUUGUUGAUUACAAAGACUGGCAAGUCCCUCUCGGACGAAGAUUCAGAUCAUUGAAACUAUGGAUGGUUUUAAGGCUAUAUGGAUCUGAGACCUUGAAGAGCUACAUAAGAAACCAUAUCAAACUUGCUAAAGAUUUUGAACAACUUGUCUCUCAAGAUCCUAACUUCGAGGUGAUCACUCCUCGGAUCUUUUCUCUCGUCUGUUUCCGUAUCUUUCCUAGGGAUAACGAUGAAAACAAGUGUAAUAACCGAAACCGCGAGCUCCUACAGGCAGUGAAUUCCUCAGGGAAACUCUUCAUUUCUCACACUGCUUUGUCGGGAAAAAUAGUACUACGUUGCGCCAUAGGAGCGCCAUUGACGGAGGAGAAGCACGUGAAGGACGCAUGGAAGGUUAUUCAGGAAGAAGCAUCUAACUUGAUUCACAAGUAA